AUGGCAUACCAACACUCUUCUGACCUGAUUCGAUGUCAAAUCCGAUCUCGUCAUAAAUCGCAAACGAAAUACAACAUAUGGAUCCAGUACUCAGUUACCGAACAACCACCAAUACAGAAUUACUACUGUACGUGUCCAACCGGUCAGAGGACUGUUGGUAUGUGUGCUCAUAUCGCCAGUGUUCUCUUCUACCUUGGGGUCUAUGUCCAUCGUCAGUCUCGAAAACCACUUCGACCAACCAAGUUUAUGCCACUGAUGAAGGACCAUCAAACAGGAAGGUCAGCCAUCACACAACCGGAGGGCCGGACCAUCAAACAGGAAGGACAGCCAUCACACCACCGGAGUGCCAGGGAGGGCCGGGCCAUCAAACAGGAAGGUCAGCCAUCACACAACCGGAGUGUCAAGGAGGGCCGGGCCAUCAAACAGGAAGGUCAGCCAUCACACAACCGGAGGGCCGGACCAUCAAACAGGAAAGUCAGCCAUCACACCACCGGAGUGCCAGGGAGUGCCAGGGAGGGCCGGACCAUCAAACAGGAAGGUCAGCCAUCACACCAUCCCAGUGCCAGGGAGGGCCGGGCCAUCAAACAGGAAGGUAGCCAUCACACCACCGGACUGCCAGACCAUCAAACAGGAAGGUCAGCCAUCACACAACCGGAGGGCCGGACCAUCAAACAGGAAGGUCAGCCAUCACACCACCGGAGUGCCAGGGAGGGCCGGACCAUCAAACAGGAAGGUCAGCCAUCACACUACCAGAGUGCCGACCAUCAAACAGGAGAGUCAGCCAUCACACCACCGGAGGGCCGGACCAUCAAACAGGAAGGUCAGCCAUCACACCAUCCCAGUGCCAGGGAGGGCCGACCAUCAAACAGGAAGGUCAGCCAUCACACCACCGGAGUGCCAGGGAGGGCCGGACCAUCAAACAGGAAGGUCAGCCAUCACACCAUCCCAGUGCCAGGGAGGGCCGGGCCAUCAAACAGGAAGGUAGCCAUCACACCACCGGAGGGCCGGGCCAUCAAACAGGAAGGUCAGCCAUCACACCACUGGAGCGCCGGACCAUCAAACAGGAAGCUCUAUGUGAGGGUCACAUCAUCAUCUGAACCCCUACCAGGGACCAUCAAACAGGAAGAUCAGCCAUCACACAACCGGAGGGCCGGACCAUCAAACAGGAAGGACAGCCAUCACACCACCGGAGUGCCAGGGAGGGCCGGGCCAUCAAACAGGAAGGUCAGCCAUCACACAACCGGAGUGUCAAGGAGGGCCGGGCCAUCAAACAGGAAGGUCAGCCAUCACACCAUCCCAGUGCCAGGGAGGGCCGGGCCAUCAAACAGGAAGGUAGCCAUCACACCACCGGAGGGCCGGGCCAUCAAACAGGAAGGUCAGCCAUCACACCACUGGAGCGCCGGACCAUCAAACAGGAAGGUCAGCCAUCACACUACCAGAGUGCCAGACCAUCAAACAGGAGGGGACCAUCAAACAGGAAGAUCAGCCAUCACACAACCGGAGGGCCGGACCAUCAAACAGGAAGGACAGCCAUCACACCACCGGAGUGCCAGGGAGGGCCGGGCCAUCAAACAGGAAGGUCAGCCAUCACACAACCGGAGUGUCAAGGAGGGCCGGGCCAUCAAACAGGAAGGUCAGCCAUCACACAACCGGAGGGCCGGACCAUCAAACAGGAAAGUCAGCCAUCACACCACCGGAGUGCCAGGGAGUGCCAGGGAGGGCCGGACCAUCAAACAGGAAGGUCAGCCAUCACACCAUCCCAGUGCCAGGGAGGGCCGGGCCAUCAAACAGGAAGGUAGCCAUCACACCACCGGACUGCCAGACCAUCAAACAGGAAGGUCAGCCAUCACACAACCGGAGGGCCGGACCAUCAAACAGGAAGGUCAGCCAUCACACCACCGGAGUGCCAGGGAGGGCCGGACCAUCAAACAGGAAGGUCAGCCAUCACACUACCAGAGUGCCGACCAUCAAACAGGAGAGUCAGCCAUCACACCACCGGAGGGCCGGACCAUCAAACAGGAAGGUCAGCCAUCACACCAUCCCAGUGCCAGGGAGGGCCGACCAUCAAACAGGAAGUUCAGCCAUCACACCACCGGAGUGCCAGGGAGGGCCGGACCAUCAAACAGGAAGGUCAGCCAUCACACCAUCCCAGUGCCAGGGAGGGCCGGGCCAUCAAACAGGAAGGUAGCCAUCACACCACCGGAGGGCCGGGCCAUCAAACAGGAAGGUCAGCCAUCACACCACUGGAGCGCCGGACCAUCAAACAGGAAGGAGGGUCAGCCAUCACACCACCGGAGGGCCGGACCAUCAAACAGGAAGGUCAGCCAUCACACCAUCCCAGUGCCAGGGAGGGCCGGACCAUCAAACAGGAAGGUCAGCCAUCACACCAUCCCAGUGCCAGGGAGGGCCGGGCCAUCAAACAGGAAGGUAGCCAUCACACCACCAGAGGGCCGGGCCAUCAAACAGGAAGGUCAGCCAUCACACCACUGGAGCGCCGGACCAUCAAACAGGAAGGUCAGCCAUCACACCACCAGAGUGCCAGACCAUCAAACAGGAGGGUCAGCCAUCACACCACCGGAGUGUCAGGGAGGGCCGGACCAUCAAACAGGAAGGUCAGCCAUCACACCACCGGAGUGUCAAGGAGGGCCGGACCAUCAAACAGGAAGGUCAGCCAUCACACCACCGGAGUGCCAGGGAGGGCCGGACCAUCAAACAGGCAGGUCAGCCAUCACACAACCGGAGGGCCGGGCCAUCAAACAGGAAGGUCAGCCAUCACACAACCGGAGGGCCGGACCAUCAAACAGGAAGGUCAGCCAUCACACCACCGGAGCGCCGGACCAUCAAACAGGAAGGUCAGCCAUCACACCAUCCCAGUGCCAGGGGGGCGGGACCAUCAAACAGGAAGGUCAGCCAUCACACCAUCGGAGUGCCAGGGAGGGUCGGACCAUCAAACAGGAAGGUCAGCCAUCACACCACCGGAGCUCCAUGACAGGAGGUGAUGUUAAGGUGAAAUGGACUGCGUCCAUGGAACAACACCGACAUGCUUGA